UGCACUUGCCUCUCCUCUCCUCAGCUCUCUCUCCUCCUCACUCCUCAGUGCUUUUCCUGUUUGUGCUCUCUUCAUUUUCUACUCUUUUGCUCGCUCUCUCUCUCUCCUUCUCUCUCCCUCUCUCUUGCUCUCUCUCUCUCUCUCUCUCUCUCUCUCCGUCUCUGCGCUCUGUUCUGCUGCUCAUCAUGCUGAUUGCGGUGGACUAGGCUGACAUGCCGCCAAUCACUUUCAGUGGGGACCUGCGUAGCCUCCUUCCUCAGCUCCCCCGCGUGGCUGGACUACCAUGAGCAAUUCUACUCCUUCCACAGCUAAUGGCAACGAUAGCAGAACGUUUAAAGGCAUCCGAUCCCCCUGUGGUCCCUCCCGUGUGCUUCACGUCCGUAAAGUCCCCAUCGAGGUGUCCGAGGCAGAGGUCAUCUCGCUAGGCGUCCCCUUCGGCAAAGUCACUAACCUGUUGAUGCUCAAAGGCAAAAACCAAGCUUUCAUAGAAAUGGCUUCCGAGGAGGCGGCCAUCACCAUGGUCAACUACUACACCGCCGCCACGCCCCAUGUACGCAACCAGCCUGUCUACAUCCAGUACUCCAACCACCGCGAGCUCAAGACAGACAACCUGCCCAACCAAGGGCGUGCACAGGCAGCCCUGCAGGCUGUCAACGCAAUGCAUUCUGGGAACAUGGGCCUGUCGGGCUCGGCCUCGUCCAGCGACGGAACCCUGAUGCCGGGUCAGAGCCCUGUGCUCCGCAUCAUCGUGGAGAACCUGUUCUACCCCGUCUCCCUGGAGGUGCUACAUCAGAUCUUCUCCAAGUUUGGCACAGUCCUGAAGAUCAUCACUUUCACCAAGAACAACCAGUUCCAGGCCUUGCUACAAUAUGCAGACCCAUUGAAUGCGCACCAUGCCAAAGUGACUUUGGAUGGGCAAAACAUCUACAAUGCCUGCUGUACACUGCGUGUGGAGUUCUCCAAGCUGGCCAGUCUGAAUGUGAAGUACAACAACGACAAGAGCCGCGACUUCACCCGCCUCGACCUGCCUUCUGGAGACGGGCAGCCCGCGCUGGACCCUGGCAUGACCGCUGCUUUCGGUUGGUGUGUAGGGGGCCCAGGGAUCAUCUCCUCUCCGUAUGCAGGAGCGGCUGGUUUCGCCCCUGCCAUCGGCUUCCCCCAAGCAGGCCUGUCCAUGCCAACGAUGCCAGGGGCACUAGGACCGCUCGCCAUCCCCUCGUCGGCUGUGGCCGGACGGAUGCCCAUCCACGGCAUGCCGCCAGGCGCCCUCCACUCCGUGCUGCUGGUGUCCAACCUCAACCCCGACAGUAUAUCACCUCACGGACUCUUCAUCCUGUUCGGGGUGUACGGGGAUGUUCACAGAGUCAAGAUCCUCUUCAACAAGAAGGAAAAUGCCUUAAUACAGAUGGCAGAUGCUACUCAGGCACAGCUUGCGAUGAGCCAUCUGAACGGCCAGCGUCUCUACGGCAAGGUGAUGCGGGUGACCAUCUCCAAGCACCAGACGGUGCAGCUGCCCCGGGAGGGCCAGGAGGACCAGGGCCUCACCAAGGACUUCAGCGGCAGCCCCCUGCACCGCUUCAAGAAGCCCGGCUCCAAGAACUUCCAGAACAUCUUCCCCCCCUCCGCCACGCUGCACCUCUCCAACAUCCCUCCGUCAAUCACAGAUGACAUCCUCAAAGACCUGUUUGGCGGCAGCGGCUACACAGUGAAGGCCUUCAAAUUUUUCCAGGCUCUUGUGAUCGGCAGGAAGGACCGCAAGAUGGCGCUGAUCCAGUUGGGCUCUGUGGAGGAGGCCAUCCAGGCCCUGAUCGACCUCCACAACCACGACCUGGGAGAGAACCACCACCUGCGGGUGUCCUUCUCCAAGUCCACCAUCUAGCGGCGGGCCUCCCCCUCUGUCCCCUUCUCCCCCCUCCUCUCUUCUCCUCUCCUCUCCUCUCCUCUCCUCUGCUCCUCCUCUCCGCUCCUGACGGAAAGCUCUGGAACCUCCAGGCGGGAUGAAGACGGAAAGACGACAAAGUCGAAAACGCAACAAAAUAUGACAAAAAAAAACAACAAAAACAAACAAAAACUGCAAACUAACGUUAUAAGGACAGGUUGAUCACAAUAAGAUAGCUUAGGUUUUUUUUGCAAAAAAAAAAAAAGAAAAAGAAAAGGUUUUGGAGAACAUCCAAAAACAGACUACUGCGAAGCCUCCAGAGACUUACUGGAGGGAUGUGCUUUUAAAUUACCAGCCCUUGUUUGAAGGGCAGGAUUUGGGUCCAGGGCCCCUGGAUGGGUGCAGAAGGGUCUGGGCAGUGUUGG